UUUAUCCCACGAAAGGCACCACAAGUCCAGAAAAUCCCCUCAAAGCCGGCUGAACGAAUACGAACAACUGCAAAUACUACUGCAAAAUUUACUCUAGGUCAAUUUUGCAUAAUUGCGACUGUACGAAAUGGCCGAAGCCGAAGCACCAACUUCUCCCGAAAUCGCUGCGGUGCUGCCCCCAACCCACGCGAACAAACAGCAAAUCGAUCCUUGGAACGUGAAGGGCGAGGUGGGAGCUGAUGGAAUAACGAAGGCUAUCAACUAUUUGAGUUUGGUCGAGGAGUUUGGCACAAAACUGUUGGCGGAUGAUGGGAUACUCGAGAGAUUUGAGAAAGUGACGGGGCACAAGCCACAUCGCUUCAUGAGGAGAGGGAUUGUCUUCAGUCACAGAGAUCUGAACCUCAUUCUUGACCGAUAUGAGCGCGGCGAGCCCUUCUUCUUGUAUACUGGACGAGGCCCUAGCAGUGAUAGCAUGCACAUUGGUCACACUGUUCCCUUUGAGUUUACAAAAUGGUUACAGGAUGUCUUCCAAGUGCCUCUUAUUAUUAUGAUGACAGACGACGAGAAAUACCUCUUCUCCGAGAAGCGCACGAUAGAAGAAGUCCAAUCAUACACUAGAACCAAUGCGGCGGAUAUUAUCGCCGUAGGAUUCGACAAGAAGAAGACGUUUAUCUUCAGCGAUUAUGACUACAUGGGAGGAGCCUUUUACCGCAAUGUUACUCGCAUAUCGAAGCAUGUCACAUUGAAUGUUGCUCGCGCAGUUUUUGGAUUCAACGACAGCUCGUGCAUCGGCAAGAUUCACUUCGGUGCAGUGCAGGGUGCCACUUCAUUCGCAUCCUCGUUCCCACACAUCUUCGGAACUGAUGAGACAAAGACCCAUCAGAUUCCGUGCUUGAUCCCCUGCGCCAUUGAUCAGGAUCCAUACUUCCGUUUAACACGAGAUGUGGCCUCUCGCCUCCACUUCGCAAAGCCGUCCCUCAUACACGCUAGGUUCCUCGAUGCCCUGCAGGGCCCUGGCACGAAGAUGAGCGCAAGUGUUGAUACAAGCGCGAUCUUCAUGAAGGAUACACCAAAGCAGAUCAAGACCAAGGUCAACAAAUACGCGUUCUCGGGCGGCAAGGUUUCGGAAGCGGAGCAUCGUGAGCAGGGAGGCGACACCGAUAUGGACGUUGCAUACCAGUACCUGACGUUCUUCCUUGAGGAUGAUGAAGAGCUAGAGAGGAUUAAGAUUGCGUAUCAAAAGGGGGAGCUGCUAACAGGAGAGCUGAAGGCGCUAUGCAUUGCCGAGCUGGAGAAGUAUGUGUUGGGCUUCCAGGAGCGUCGCUCGGUUAUCGAUGACGCUGUGAUUGACAGUUACAUGGCAAUCAGGCCGCUGGAGUGGACAGGCAACCCAAACCCCAUUGCAGCCGCCGCUCCAGCUGAGGGGUCGUCUGCAGCUGCUGGCGAGUCGGUUGAUGGCGUACCGAAACUCACCAAGAACCAGGAGAAGAAACUGGCCAAGGAAAAGAUGAUUGCGGACAAGAAGGCAGCGAAGGAGAAGGAGAAGCAGCAAGCAUGAGGGAAACACAACAUGGUGAAAUUUAUGAAUGAUGAUGUAGCCGGGUGAAAGUACAGUACAUAGAGAUGUCGCCCGUGGAGAAAAAAUGAAUACCAUCAGGCCGUUGGCUCCAACAAUAUAGAUGGCGCACAGUGGAUCGACGUUACCGUUGGUCGCUCGUGUCGCUCAUGUCGCCCAUAUUUUCCUACAAAUGAUUUGGAUAGCCUCGUCAGCUGAAAAGAAGAGUUUCACAUUCGGACCCCAAGAGCGGCCUUUUAAGGGGAAAGCUGAUGUGUCUCAGCCCUACCUUACGUACUGGAUAGCGGCAGAUGGCGACGGGAAGAACUGAUUGGAGUGUCGCGUAACCAAAGGAUUCAGUGGUGUAAGUGGCACCCUGAAAGAUGUACCCGUACCUCAAACUUUUGCCCCACCACGGGUCACUCCCGAUCAGAGCUGACCCUCAAAUCAUCAUAGACCCCU